AUGGGUCUUACAAGGACUAGAAGUAACAUGCGUAUGCUCAGGCACAAACUCAACAUCCAAAUCUUGUCUCAGCACGAUGAGAUUUCACACUGCCAUCACACUUAUUCUUUUCACGCUUACCUUCAGCAGAGCAAACAAAAAUGUAUAUUAUAUAAGUUUCCAAUACACAGAGCUUUGCUCACCUCCAUCCACGGGGCUUCAACAAAAGGUAUAAUCGAUUGGUUUAAUGGUGCUGCAAUUUCCAAACAGAGAUUAGGAGGGAGGAGAAUUGAGUUUUGCAAGUAUUUGAGAGUUGAUUGUGGAGAAGAUGUAGUGAUUAUGAGGGAGGAGAGUGGGUAUGGCUGGUUUUUGCAAGGAAGACGACGCUUGUUGGUUGCAAUUGGAGAAGAGGAGAAGACUCUCGCGGAGAAGACGAUGCUUGCUGGGUUUAGCAAGGAAGACGUUCGCUGGGUUUAG